AUGUUCGGCCGCAUUCUGCUCACGCUCGACGGCGCUAUGCUCCUCUUCGGCGCAUUCCUGGCCGAUUGGAACGAGACACACAUCCACAACCCGCGAUGGCCCCCGCAUGCUAAAUUCCACAACGCACAAACAAUGACGCUCUCCUUCAUUCUCGGUGUGGCGACCCUGUUCUUCACAUGGCGUCCCAACAGCAGCCCGGAGAUGUCCAGAGAAUCGUUCCGCAUCGCGGGCUUCCUUGGCUCCAUCUACUGGGUGGCCGGGUGGGCGUCGCUGCUGUAUCCCGGCACCUCGGGUCUGGACCCCGAGCACGGCGGGCCGGGGUUCCCGCAGAAAUACCCAUUCACCACGGCACUUGGGCUCGCCGUGUCCGGGGCGUAUCUGGAAGGGGGCUUCUGA